GCUGUUUAGCAUUUGUUCUUGGCCACGGAAUAAUUAAGCUAACUUUUCGUGAUGCCUCUAUCUUUUGGAUCAUGACACCAAGAAGAAGACAUCAUGAUCAGAUCCUAAAUCGCACGAUUUCCAUCUAUAAAUAAUGGAUAUCAAUCUGCAACAAUUAUGUCUCUGUUUAACUAGUCCUAUAUACCACAUAAUGAGUAUCAGCCACUUUCUUCAAUAUAAAUUGGUUUUUACUGUUCUACUCCUUUUCUUGAACUUCUUAGGAAUUCAAGCAAAUACUGAAAGCAAAGUUCAUAUAGUUUACAUGGGAAGAAGGCAACAUGAUGAUAUUGAACUCAUAACAUCAGCUCACCAUCAAAUACUUACUUUAGUACUGGGAAGUCCAGAAGCUGCAAGAGAUUCAAUCAUCUAUAGUUAUAAGCAUGGUUUCUCCGGCUUUGCAGCCAGGUUAACAAAAUCUCAAGCCAAAAAGAUUGCAGAGUUACCUGAUGUGGUCCAUGUGAUUCCAAAUGACUUGUACAAGUUACACACAACAAGAAGUUGGGAUUACCUUGGCCUGUCCACAUUUUCUCCUCCAACAAACCUCCUUCAUGAAGCCAACAUGGGAGAUGGCGUCAUCAUUGGUGUUCUUGAUACAGGAAUAUGGCCAGAAAGUGAAGCGUUCAAUGACAAAGGCCUUGGGCCAAUCCCUUCAAAAUGGAAGGGCCACUGUCAGUCUGGUACAGAUUUUGAUCCAGCUAAGGCAUGCAAUAAGAAACUAAUUGGAGCGAAAUACUUUCUAAAAGGUUUUGAAGCAGAGCUUGGAAGGCCAUUUCUUAAGAAUGAGUUCGCGUCACCAAGGGAUGGAAAUGGACACGGCACACACACAUCAAGCACCGCGGCUGGAUCCUUUGCACCAAAUGCAAGUUACCAUGGACUUGCUUAUGGGACAGUUAGGGGUGGUGCACCCAAAGCUCGAAUUGCUAUGUACAAGGUGUGUUGGGACAGUGGAGUAUGUAACUCUGCUGAUAUAAUAAAGGGCAUUGAUGAAGCAAUUAAUGAUGGAGUUGAUGUUUUAUCCAUAUCCAUAGGCUUAACCACACCUCAGUACGCUGAUGUUGAUAUGCGCAAUGGCAUUGCUUUUGCAUCCUAUCAUGCUGUCGACAGGGGAAUUACAGUUGUUUGUUCAGGUGGAAAUGAAGGUCCAAUUGCCCAAACAGUAGAUGAUACAUCACCAUGGAUAAUAACUGUAGCAGCUUCAAGUAUUGAUAGGUCCUUUCCCACAUUCAUUACAUUAGGCAACAACCGAACUUUCGUUGGUCAAUCCCUGUAUACUGGAAAGGAGACUGAUUUUAUCAACAUUGUUUAUCCAGAAAGAAAAUGCUACUGCGACAAGUUAAAUGCAAGUGAUACAUGGGCGGCUGGAAAUGUGGUGCUUUGCUUCCUCGUUCAAGGGGAUGACUUUCUGCUAUCAACAACUCAAAGACAACAAGUAGUACAGGAGGUUGGCGGCUUGGGAUUGAUUGUUGCUAAGAACCCAACCUCAUACUUAGAUUAUUACGCUUCUGAUUUCCCAAGUAUUGGAGUAAGUUUUGAUGUUGGAGCUCAACUACUCGAUUACAUAAGAUAUGCCAGGAAGCCACAAGUUAAGUUGAGUGCUCCAAAAACUCAUGUUGGGAUACCUGUUUCAACUCAUAUCGCAUCCUUCUCGUCUCGAGGUCCUAAUUCUGUUGCCCCUGCAAUACUUAAGCCGGAUAUAGCAGCUCCAGGGUCAAUAUUGGCUGCUGUUCCUCCUGAAGAAACUCCGUACGAGUUUGAUUCAGGAACAUCCAUGGCAGCUCCUCACAUUUCUGGCAUUGCCGCAUUGCUUAAGUCCUUGCACCCACAUUGGUCUCCAGCUGCUAUCAAGUCUGCACUUGUUACAACAGCAUGGCAAACGGACCCUCAUUCUGGAGAACCAAUUAUAGCUGAGGGAAAUACAGAACCAUUUGAUUUCGGUGGUGGACUCAUGAAUGCAAAUGGCGCAAAUGAUCCUGGCCUAGUUUAUGAUAUGGGAGAGUCUGACUAUGUUUUUAAUUAUUUAUGCCCUAUGGGCUAUAACACAAGUGCCAUCACUAACAGAUUUGUUACUUGUGCAAACAAAAUGCCUUCGAUUCUUGAUUUCAAUCUUCCUUCUUUAACAAUACCAAGUCUCAAAAAAACAGUUACUGUUAAGAGAACCGUCACCAAUGUUGAACCAGUGAACUCUCAAUAUAAGGCUAUCAUCGAGCCUCCACUGGGCAUUACCAUUAAAGUAAUGCCUGAAACUUUGAUAUUCAACUCCAGCAUCGAGAAAAUCUCUUUCACUCUUACUAUUUCAACCACUCACAAAUACAACACAGGUUAUAAUUUCGGGAGCUUAACUUGGACUGACGGGGUGCACAGAGUAAGAAGCCCUAUAUCUGUGAGAACAGAGUUCCCUGAACUUGCUGGCUAAUUUAUUUUAAAGCACUUAUGUAAUCCAAGUAUGAAGCAGUGGCUUCAUGAUUGAGCUUCUAAGCAAGCACUUCUUCGUA